AUGAUUUCGCAAUUUCUCAAGCCCAGCAGGGUUCCCUUAAUCCCUGGUCACACCAAGCUCUCGCCCUUUGACCAGCUUGAUAACCGCUUCGUGAGUCCCAUCGUCCUGAUCUUCCGGGUCGAGUCGGCCGACUGGCGGGACUCCAUCAUCCAGGACCUGCAGGGCGGACUCGUCAACACUAUUGAGGAGAUGCCAUUCCUCGCUGCGGACGUUGUUCCCGACAACCAUGAGCGCGGAACCGUCCAGCUAGAGACCGUCGAAGGUGGAGGGGUGUGGUUUCACGUGCGCGAGUACCCCGAGCUCGACAUCGAGGACCUCGAGCGCCGAAGGUUUGCGCCGGCGUCCCUUCCCGUCUUGGAGCUCGUGCCAGAACCGAGGUAUCACAAUAGGGAACGUUGUCCAGUGCUAAAUAUCCAGGCUUCUUUCAUCACUGGUGGGUUGUUACUGGUUACCAAUUUUCACCACGCCGUAAUGGACGUUUCGGACGUCAUUAAGCCCGAGAGCCUGGACCGGACCCAGGUCUCCGCUACUCAUGGCAGCGGCGAUAUACACAUCUCCGAGCUCACAAACUACGCGGUGAUGAAGGACGGUUUAGUCGGGGACCGGCAGCGAGAGCUGGUUCGCAUUGCGCUGGAAGGGAAUACUUCUCACCCUGCCUGGAAGACCUUCCGCCAGCUGACGGCUACAUACUGGAAUAUCUCCCAGGAGUCCCUACAAUCGAUCAAGCGCGCGGUGCCCCCAUCGGCGUCCGAAGGGACGGAGUUGACAGGCAGCACUGUGCUCAGCGCGCUGCUGUGGCGCCACAUCUCUAGGGCACGGCAGCUCCUGGCACGUGGCAUCAAGACAACCUCGGUAGUGAACAUGGUGGAUAUUCGGAGGCGGUUGUCGCCGCCCCUCCCGUUCGACUACUCCGGCAACGCCCUCACCGUGGCGAAGACGACUAUAGGAUAUGGGGUUAUAUCGGAGCCCUUGACUCAACCCCUCAAGCGGAACGAGUGGGGCCAGAUGCAAAUAACUUCCAAGGCCCAGACUUGGAAAUUACAGACAACGGGGCAUUCAACGAUAUGA